UGAAUCGCUGCGCCUCCGCGACGGCAGGUGGCGCUGUGUCGUUUGACAGAAGCGGAAAAACUGUGAAUGGAGGGAAUUUUGUUGUGGAUGACAGCGAUGUCAGGAUAAACAUUCUUGUUCAGAAUGAAACUUCAUCAAAACAAAGGCAAAACACAUUUCUAAGAACCCUUUUAAAGCCUUGUCGCUGAGAGUUUAUACUGGAAAACAUGGUCUGGAAUCAUUUUAACACUCCUGUGCAGUGAGACUCAUUUAGCAGCAAUAAUGGCUGUGAAAGGCAGCAGUGCGCAGUUAGAGGCUUUACUGAUCGAUGCAGUUAGUGAAGCAGACGCCAGGUGUGUAGAGUCUCUGCUGCGUCGGGGUGCAAACCCGAAUGGGAUUGUCCGGGAGGGUGUGGCAGCGGUUCAUUUAGCUGCAGGUAAAGAGUCUGAGAAAGGACUGCGUUGUCUUAAACUCAUCCUACAGCACGGAGCCGACCCAAACCUCAGGACUAGUGAUGAUCUGACUCCACUACAUAUUGCUGCGUCCUGGGGGUGUUUUCAGAAUCUCAGAUUACUAUUAAGGAACGGUGGAAACCCUAACCUCAAAGAUCAAGAUGGGAAUAAACCAUCUGAUCUGGCUGAACAGGAGGAGAACAGUAAAUGUGCUAGUCUUCUUCAAGAGUAUGAAUCACACACAUCCAAAGAGGAACACGAUAUACCCAAAUUUCAAUAUUCUAUCCUUUCUGGCCAGUCCAUGAGUGACAGUUCGUUCAGUCCAGAAGCGUCAAUGUUGAUUCCUCCUGGAGCAGAACCACUGAGCAGCACACGUCUAUCCUCUUUUUCCAGCAUGUGCAGACACAGUGGAAAACCUUUGAACAGAGAAAGUCAGGCUUUCUGGCUCUCAGAAAUGUCAGAUCUUGAGUCACAUGAUUCUCAUAUUUGGAAUAAUGGUGAAAUUUGUAAAGAGUUACCCAUAUUGUCUAGUACUUGUCUUUCUGCUGUGGACAAUAAAAACAAUCCAGGGGUAAUAUUUGAACAUCAGCAUCAAGCCGCAGAUAGUGACUGUGAUGUUUUGCAGUCUCAGAAUAUCCCUGUUUGUUCUCAACAGGAAAACCGGAAAAGUGUCACCUUCAGAGGAACUAUUGAUUAUUUGCCCAUUAUUGGAAAAGAUGAUCAUCAGCAGCUCUCUCUCGAUCAGUCUAGUGAUCUUACGUUAGAUCUUUCUCAAUACCCUGAUUUCCUAGAUACUAAACGUAUGGCUACUGUGUUACAGAAUCAGGGAAUCGAUGUCACAUAUCCCGACGAUGUAUUCAUUUUUUCCAAAGAAGUCAACACAUUGGACGAUGAAUUUGAUAAGACUGUUGUGGGACCUGUACAACUUGAUGAUGAUGAUGAUAAUGAUGAAUUUAAGAGCAUCAUUCAGCCCCUCAUCAGUAGUGGAUCUAGCGAGUACAAUAGCUGUGGCAGUGACCCGUACCAGAGCCCAACUGAAGGUUCAGUGGAAAAUGGGUUGCCCAGUACUAAAGACAAUGGAAAUCCACCUUUGACCAAAACCUGUGCCCACAAAUCAGAAUCGACUGUAGGGCAGAGUGUUUUCAGUGUUAGAAAUGAAUGCCUUUCCUUUGUUGGAGAUGGAAACAGACAACUGCCAGACAGAGUCAGGAGUCAUAUUGAACAAAUGAGUUUAUCCGCAAUUGGCCAAGAUGCUGGUAAAUUUGAGGUGGCCAAUACUGAAACUGAUAUUCCAAGUCCAUUUGUCACUGGGAGAACAAGGUCCAGAUUGAGUCGUCAUUCAGAGAGAAUGAGCCAAAAACUGGCCUCCUUACAAACCAGCUCUUGCCUCUUUGAACAGACACUACCUACUGCUACUCGUUUGCGACGCAACACAGUUAAGUCACCAUAUGGUAUGUCAAAGCACAGUCUUGACGAAGACGGAAUCCAUGGAGAAAGCAAAAUAGAGGAUGUUGAUUCGCAGUUGAGCUGUCUGAAGUUAUCUGUGAGCUCAGAUGGCCAAAGCCAAGCUGACACGCAAAUGUUAUCUGAGAGCAUGGCUGACACGGUCUUAAUUUCUGAAAGGAGUGUUGAACCACAGUUGGAAACGAGUGCCAGCGAGGCUGGUAAUAAGGUUAUUACUUCUGUUUGUUACAAAGAACCAGUGGAACAUUUGACCGAUAUGACAGAAGUGACGAAUACCACAACAGGAACACCACAGAUGAUCCCUACUGCUGUAGGAGACAAAGAGUCCUGUGUUACGUGUGGACUUACUUCUCAAGGGUCUUUGCCAUUUCAGGUAAAUAACUCAGAAUCUCCUUCCAGUUUGAUGUACGAGUCCCCAAAAGCACAGAAGAAUCCAGGGCGCUCUGGAUGUACACCUCGGUAUAGCAUGAGUCGACUGUCAGGCCAUUCGUCGCGGCAGACACUGGCAAACCUUUCUUGCACACCUGGUGGGCAGCCUGUAAGUACUGAUACGGAUGAACCUGUGGAAUACCUUUAUACUGACACUGAAGAGGGCCAUAAGCUCAUUGAGACUCAUGUUCCCCCAACGGCCAAUGCCUCCUUCAGCUCUAGCAUAAGCACCAAUAUCUCUGAAGACACACUUCUUUAUGAUUGGCGCUCCCUUCAGCUCGGGUCUACAAGUCCAGACUGUAGCGCAGAAAGCUGUCAUCCCAAACAGGGUGAUGAUGUUGGAGUAAGUGGCCUAACUGACAGGGAACUCAGAAACAAGUUAAUUGAAAUGGGAGAAGAUCCAGGACCCAUAAACAGUCAAACCCGCCCACUGUAUGUGCGCAAGUUGAAGAGAUCCCUUCAAAAUAUGUCACACCACCAGAAAUCAGUCCCUCUGAGCCCCACUGAUUUCAGUGCUGCAGGUUAUAGUCCAGAACUCGAAAAUGCGCUUCACAGAUUUCUGCUCCCUAAUUGUCAAGCAGAUGAGCUCGCUCUGUGUGAGCAGUUUGAUAAGCCGGAUCAGAAUAAGAGAUGGCGUGAGGGUUUCAUUAAGUCCAGCUUUAACUACCUGCUGCUUGAUCCACGAGUGACAAAGAAUCUACCAUAUCGAAGUCAAUCCAUGAUCCCUAAAGAAUGUUUUCAGACGUUCAUCAAUGCGGUUUUCUAUGUUGGGAAGGGCAAGCGUUCUAGACCUUACAGUCACCUCUAUGAAGCUCUCGAAUAUUUCAAAGGAGACAAGACCUCAAAGAAACUCUGCUCAAAAGUGCAGCACAUCCUGCAGGUCUGGAACGCCGGGCAUGGAGUAAUAUCUCUGCACUGUUUCCAAAACGUCAUUGCUGUGGAAGCGUACACACGUGAGGCUUGUAUGGUGGAUGCCAUUGGGCUGAAGAUGCUCACAAACCAGAAAAGAGGAGACUACUAUGGUGUUGUGUCAACUUGGUCUGUGCGGAGAAAACGGGAGUUAGGCGUUCACCUGCUUUAUCGGGCGAUGCAGAUCUUCUUAGCUGAAGGAGAACGACAGCUCCGACCCGCCGACAUCAGAUGAACCAUCAACACUGUGGCAUUACAGAAAACUCUAAUACUGAAGCAUAUGCAUACGCUCUUUACUAUUCCAAAAACAUUGACAUAUUGCUGUUGUUUUUAUCAAUAAAUAUCAGCACUUUAUGAUUGACUGAGGACCAGCUACUGUGCAGCUGCAGAGAAAUUAUUACUUUAAGAAUUCAGCAAAUAACAAAAUACAAACCACAGAAGAUCAGCAGUUCAAAUUCCAAAUUUUAUUAAAUGUUUUUUUUUUUUUAAUUAAAUCUUUUUUAAAUGUAUUGAAAUGAUUUUAAUGCAUAAAAUGAGUAACAUGCAGCAGUAUAUUUUUGUUUUAUUGCAUAUGUCAUUACAUAAAUCAUUUUGACAGUUUUUAAAUCCUUAUCCAUUUUGUGAAAUUAGGUCUUAGAUAUCUAUCUGUAAAAUGUCUUUUAGUUUUUAGAUGAAAUAUAUGAUCGAGCUGAUUGUUAGAUGAUUAAGCUAGUUGUUUAUACUUUUAUAAAGAAUUAACUCAUUAUGUAAAUAAAAAAGUGAAAGAAUA